AUGGCCCCAUCUCUGGUUGAAGAAACUCCUCUGUCGCUUCGGGCGGCACCUAAAACUACGCUUAAGACCGAUGCUGGUUUCAAUAAGGAGAAUGUGAUUGGCUAUGGAGAGGCUUACAAGCUUGAGAACGAGCUAAAGGGAACUGAGAAGCAGCCGCCUGCUUCUUUCCCCAACUAUCUUCCUGUCUGGGACAACGAAACAGAAAGAUACCCUCCCCUCCAGCCCUUUGAGCACUACGACCACGGAAAGGAUGCCGACCCGACCUUCCCCGACCUCCUUCCUAAGGACAAAGCCGAAGUGGACGACAUCACACCUACCAUUGGCACUGAAGUCCGCGGUGUCCAGCUGAGCCAACUGACCAAGGAAGGAAAAGACCAGCUGGCUUUGUACGUAGCUCAGCGGAAGGUUGUUGCAUUCCGCGACCAAGACUUCGCACACCUGCCCAUCGAGAAAGCCCUAGAAUUCGGCGGCUACUUUGGCAGACACCACAUCCACCAGACCUCUGGAGCACCCAAGGGCUUCCCAGAGAUCCACCUCGUACACAGAGGUGCCGAUGAUAGAAGCGGAGCUGAAUUCCUGUCCCAACGUACCAACACCAUCACCUGGCACUCGGACGUGACCUUCGAGAAGCAGCCUCCUGGCACAACCUUCCUGUACAUCCUGGACGGACCCUCAAGCGGUGGAGACACUCUGUUCGCCGACAUGGCCCAGGCAUACAGACGCCUAUCGCCUGAGUUCCGUAAGAGACUUCACGGGCUGAAGGCAGUUCACUCUGGCAUUGAGCAGGUCAACAACAGUCUGAACAAGGGGGGUAUUGCUCGACGGGAUCCGAUUACUUCUGAGCACCCGAUUGUCAGGACUCACCCGGUGACCGGAGAAAAAGCCCUCUUCGUGAAUCCCCAAUUCACCCGCUACAUCGUCGGCUACAAGAAGGAAGAGUCCGACUACCUUCUCAGAUUCCUCUACGACCACAUUGCUCUCUCCCAGGAUCUUCAGACGCGAGUGAGAUGGCGUCCUGGAACUGUGGUCGUUUGGGACAACCGCGUUGUUACCCACUCUGCCCUCUUCGACUGGGAAGACGGCCAGAGACGACACCAUGCGAGAAUCACUCCGCAGGCAGAAGCGCCAUAUGAGACGCCGUUUGAGGGUUAG